CGGCUGGGUGGGACCAGGAGAGGGGGAUGCAGCUCCCCCCCCCCCCGGUAUCGCUGCCCACAGGCAUUAAACCCCUUUCCCCGGAGAGCUGGCAAUGCAAGUGCCCGCCGCACCGAAGAGCCAGCUCCGGCUCCUGUCAGAGCCCCGCGGACGUGCCGACAGCUGCGGCUUGCCCAGCCUGCCGCCCCUGGCAACUCAACCCGGGGACAUUUCAUCAAAAUCCACCGGCCCAGCACUGAAAUGGCCCCGCUGGGCGUCCCUGGAGCCGGGCUUGCAGGAGGAAUGCGCAGGACCCAGAGGUGCCCGCGGCUUUGGAGCCAGCCAACGGGGCGUUACAGUAAUAGACUGACUCUGGGCGCAUCUCCCUCCAGUGGUUCUAGCACAGGGGCCGCUCCAUGGACCCGGGGCUCUUUCUCGUGGCUCCUUUCCUGCAGCCGGGCUAUUCAGACCACAGCUGUGUGUCACAAGAACCGGGCGGCCCGGGUGCGAGUCGGGAAAGGAGACAAGCCGGUGACGUACGAACAGGCCCACCCGCCCCACUACAUCGCCCAUCGCAAGGGCUGGCUCUCCCUGCACACCAGUAACCUGGACGGGGAGGGCGGGGCAGCCGAGCGCACCGUGGAGGACGUCUUCAUCCGCAAGUUCAUCUACGGCACCUUCCACGGCUGCCUGGCCAACGAGAUCGUGCUGAAGCGCCGCGCCAAUGUGCUGGUCGUCUGCGCCGUCUUCCUGCAGCGCCUGCCGCCCUACAAGUUCUACUUCCUGGUGGGCUACACCGAGACGCUGCUCUCCUUCCUCUACAAGUGCCCCGUCCGGCUGGAAGUGCAGACCGUGCCCGAGAAGGUCAUCUACAAGUACCUGUAGCCCUGCUGGAGCCCCUCUCCCCUGGGCCAGCCCAAGCAGUGGGGCUCCCGUGCCCGAGCCAGGCCACCUGCUGGCCCGUUGUGGGGCAGGAGAGUGGCUCCGCAUGGGCCCGAGGAGGCAAUAGACCCGCAGGUGGUGGCUGUGGGGUGCUCUGGGGCGGGUGUUACCGUGGCUCUGGACGUAGCAGUGGCCCGGCUCGGCAAUGGGGAAUAAAAGGACUCUGGCCCCUGUGUCCAUCUGUGGA